CACGCUCUUUCCAGCGUGUAAUCCGAGGGAACUCGGGGAGUGCUUGAACUUCGCCUUCGCUUUUGUUCUGUCUCCGUUAUUCCGUUCGGUUGCCACUGACGACAACACUACUCACCCACACUUCUUACUGGAGGAGGCCCGCCCCUCCAUAGAAUCCCCGCAGAGCCGGCCAGUAGCCCGCAGCGUUGUCAACCCCCAGCGGGCUCCACUACGCGCUACCUUGUGACGUCACCGGGGAAAAGGCGGAUUCUCUCCUACUACCGGAAGACGUCUGCUGUUUUGAUUGGCUAGGAAAGACGUCCGUUAGGACGUGUUGCCCGUUCUGUGUGCUCUGUGAGCGUAGGCGUCUCUGAGGGUGUGUGUGGCACGGGUUUCCAAAACCAGCACCAGCACCCUUGCCCUUUUCCAUCAGGGGUUUAGCUUAGGGUCGCCCCUGGUGGGUGGCUCCCGAGUCUUGAAGAAGACCACGAGAACCCCUGGGCAGGCUGAAAGAUGGCGACGGCUUCGGUCUCUGCGGCUUCUGGUUCUCAGUUCUCGAACAUCUUAGCUGAACCAUCAAGGUCUAAUGGAAGUAUGGUUCGGCAUUCUUCAUCUCCAUACGUUGUGUAUCCAUCGGAUAAGCCUUUCCUUAAUAGUGAUCUACGACGCUCCCCAAGUAAGCCUACACUUGCCUACCCAGAAAGCAACAGCAGAGCCAUAUUUUCUGCUCUUAAGAAUCUUCAAGAUAAGAUUCGUCGCCUGGAACUUGAGAGGAUUCAGGCAGAAGAAAGUGUGAAAACCUUGUCUAGAGAAACAAGUGAAUACAAGAAAGUACUAGAUGAGCAGAUACAAGAAAGGGAGAAUUCAAAGAAUGAGGAAUCAAAGCACAAUCAAGAACUGACAUCUCAGUUGUUAGCUGCAGAAAAUAAAUGCAGCCUGUUAGAAAAACAAUUGGAAUACAUGAGAAAUAUGAUAAAGCAUGCAGAAAUGGAGCGGACGUCUGUCUUAGAGAAACAAGUUUCCCUAGAAAGAGAACGACAGCAUGGUCAAACACAUGUUCAGAGCCAGCUUGAAAAAUUGGAUCUUCUUGAACAGGAGUAUAACAAACUUACCACAAUGCAGGCCCUUGCAGAAAAAAAAAUGCAAGAGUUAGAAGCAAAACUCCAUGAAGAAGAGCAGGAAAGGAAACGCAUGCAAGCUAAGGCAGCCGAGUUGCAGACUGGUCUAGAAACAAAUAGACUUAUCUUUGAAGAUAAGGCAACUCCACGUGUUCCCAAUGCAAGAAGAAUUAAAAAAAAGAAGUCAAAACCACCAGAAAAGAAAAGUUCUAAGAACUAUUUCGGUGCACAACCACAUUAUAGAUUAUGCUUGGGUGAUAUGCCAUUUGUAGCUGGGAAGUCCACAAGUCCUAGCCAUGCUGUGGUAGCCAACGUUCAGCUUGUUCUGCAUCUAAUGAAGCAACACAGUAAAGUUUUGUGCAAUGAUCGAGUUGUCAGCAGUAUUCCUUUGGCAAAUGAUCACCAGCAGCUUACAAAACUUAUCCAGGAGUCACCAACUGUUGAACUGAAAGAGAACUUGGAGUGUGAAUUGGAGGCAUUAGUGGGAAGGAUGGAAGCAAAAGCCAACCAAAUAACUAAAGUUCGAAAAUACCAAGCCCAGCUGGAGAAACAGAAGUUAGAGAAGCAGAAGAAGGAGUUAAAAGCUACCAAAAAGACUCUUGAUGAAGAAGGAAACAGCAGCAGCCGUUCUGGAAUCACAGGGACCACAAAUAAGAAAGAUUUUAUCAAACUGAGACCUGGAGAAAAACGCAGAAAAAACCUUCAGUUACUGAAGGACAUGCAAACCAUACAGAAUUCAUUACAAAGCAGUAGUUUGUCUUGGGAUUACUGACUUAUAACCAGGUCAUAAAUUUUAUUCAGAUAAUCCGUACCUCAUCAAUCAGAUGUUAACAAUUUACUUCCCAGGUCUCAUACUAACUUAUGUUCGAAUUAAUUUAUAGCAGGUGUUUAAGGGACCCAGGCCUCAUUACACAGGCUUUUUGUGUAUGCAGCAUGACUCAGUGUUAAAGCGUUUAAACAGAAACCAGGGGAGUUGAGAAAACCUGAGAAACCACACAUUAUAUUGUUUUGUUGAGAUGAAUUUGCUGUACUGAUAUAUUGCACUUUGUAAACAAAUUACCAGUUUUUACUUGUGGGUGUGAUUUUUUAAAAAUAGUUAUGUAUAAUUAAAAUUAGGUUUAAAUUUUCAAAAUAUGAGACUAUGCCAUAGGCAGUGCUUACUUGAAAAGUCUCAUUUUUAAACCUUUCUCUGGCAUGAAGUGCCCACUUCCCCUUUCCAAAGCAACCAUUAAACAUACUUUUUGUUUCUAUUA